AUGCCGCUUUAUUGCGAAGCUAUAAAAAGAUUGUGCAAAUUCUGGUCGAUAAGGGUGCGGACGUUAAUACUCAGGGCGGCGAAUAUGGCAACGCUGUUUAUGCCAUUUUAUGACAAUGUUAUAAUAAGAUCGUUUAAAUGCUCGUUUAUAAUGGCGCCUUUUAUGGUAAAUAGGGGGGAUGGAAAAAGGCUUUAUUUAAAGUAA